AUGUCCUUUUUAACCAUACCGAGCCAGGAGGGGCUUUUAACCACCAUCAAAUCUGGCAAGUCAAGAGAGGAGGCGCAGCGCAGGUCCUGCACGGGCGACGAGGACGACGACAACAAUGAUGAUGAAGAUGACGACGACGAAGAAGAUGACCCCGAGAGCAUCCGCCUCAUCCCAAGAUGCUCCCCGGUGCCCAGGAAGCGAGGCUCGUCCAUCUACGACGAGACCGCCGAGUACAUGCGCAUCCACCUGGCGCUGGGAGCCGGGAAGAGAGUGUCAUUCGCGGAUACCACGGGCGGGGAUCUGGUGGACGUGAAGGAAUUUGUUGCCUUUGAUUCGGACGAGGAAGAGGACAGCGCGAGGUGGAAGGAAGAGGAGGAAAAGUACCGAACUCGAGAGCGAGAGCCCACCUAUCACGUGCAGCCGGAGUUCAGCGCACCCGCCGGCACUGAUCUUCUGCAGGCUGUGCGCACCAACAAGGUGGAGGUGGAGCAGAUGCAUCCACUGGAGAACGAGCCGCUCGCCUUCAGUGGGCUAAUACGAGUCCAGAAUGUCUCCUUCCACAAAGCAGUUUACAUUAGGUCCACCAUGGACAGCUGGGCGACUUACUUUGACCACCCUGCAGAGUAUGUCCCCGGGUCUCACGAUGGAGACACUGAUCAGUUCUCCUUUAAGCUCUCGUUUGCACCUCCUCACGUCACGCACGGCUCUCACAUCGAGUUUGUGGUCCGCUAUGAAACGUCUGAAGGUGAUUUCUGGGCCAAUAAUUCCUCUAAGAAUUAUGUGGUGACUCUGCUCCUCUCCUAUGAAGAAGAUUCACCUCAAACUGACGUCAGAAUGGAGCACGUUAGAAGCAUCCUGAGACCUCCAAAAGCUUUCAGUAUAAAUGAUGAUUUAGACUUGGACGAUGAGCUGGAAAAUCAAGAAGAAGAAGCAGUGACUUCCAGGACCCAACUCCUGAGACCGGUACCCGUGUGUCCCGCCAUCAUCCAGCCUGAGAUUGACAUAGAGAUUGCAGUUAACCCUUUUGACCCCUCUGUCCCACCCAACCGAGAGCUUCCAUCUGCUGAGGACACACUGCUGUCCACUCAUGCUGUGUCCCCGGCCGAACGAUCCCCGUACAUGUCCUCCGAAACCACACAUCAGGCCGAUUCGUCGUUUGUACUCUGUGCCAGUGAGUCAGUCGAGCCAAAUAAGGCACAGCCUUUACCCAGAGUCCAUUGUGAAUUAGGCAACCAAACACAGCCCAUGAACAUCAGUCCCUCUGCACCGCCGCCGCCUUCUCCACAACAAGAGCCGAGGUCAGACAGCUCCCGGCUUCAUGGAGAGGAAGUCCCACCUUCAGAGGCCUCACGUUUGCAUCUUCCUACCACAGAGACAAAUGUGUGUCCAACAGGAGAGGACGGAUCGACCGAAAGCCCGGCGAGUCGUCCUCCUCUUGAACUGGCUGCUCCCAGUGUGGCUCAGUGCGUUGAGGGAGAGGUAGAACUGGGACUGAAUGAACUUGUUGAAGGAUUAUCAGAAGCUUCCACCCACUGUGCAGAAAGUGCACCUGCUGUCCUGUCUCCUGUGGCAGACAGUCAAGCAUCUCUGAGAGCAGGAGGUGAAGCUCCAUCGUCACCCGAACUCGCAGAGAACGCCUCGGCGAGCGCAGGUGCAAGUGAGACGAGCCUAAACUUAGCUCUUCAGUCUGACUCAGCCUGCAGAGGCAGGGAGGAAGAAGAUGUCCCCAAGAUUUCACCUGACACAUUAUUAGAGAACCCAUCAAACACACCGUCAGAGGCUCCCGAGCUCCAGUCUGAGCACGGCGGGGACGCGACUCUGAUGCCAUCCAUCAUCUUUCUGAGCGGAGUCGUCUCCCUGUCGAUAGUGAUGCAGGAGCCCAGCGCCCUCUUCUUCAUCGGACUCCUCCUCGUCCUGCACCGUUUGUAACCACACCACAAGAGUCGAUCUGUGAUGUGGUUGCAAGUCAAGUGCCUUUUUUUUUUUCUUUUCUUUUUUUUUUAAUGAUUCCAAAAGAAGCCACAAAGCAAGCGUGUGUUGAAGUUGCAAACUUUACAUUUUCUAGUUCCAUAUAAUGGAGAAACAAUCAAUACAUAUUCUUAAGAUGUUUUCAUGUAGUUUGCCAAUAAGUGUGAAUUAGAGCAAUUCAACCCAUUUUUAAACCAAAACAAUGUGUGUGUUGUUUUCCACUUGUAGUUGAGUUUACGUGGUGUUGUAUUCUGAUUAAUGCACAUGUGUGUGUGUAUCUGAGGUCGUUGUCUAACCACUGCCAUAAAUGAAACUCUUCUGAAUUACACUGGGCCACAGUACAUGGAGGUUUGUGCCUUAAAGGUCCAGUGUGUAACAUUUAGCAGGGUUUAUUGGCAGAAAUGUAAUAUUCUACCCAUACGUAUGUUUGUGUAAGUGUGUAAAAGCUUUAAAAUGAAAAUUGUUGGGUCUGUGUAGCUGUUUAUAUGCACUUUAUGCAAGGGUUGCCAUGUUUCUACAGCAAGCCUGAAUGGACAAACCAGUCAGAGUGCGUGUUUUGCAUUUUGAAAUUGUAGCUUAUAUGCAAAUAAAAAAAUAAUUACAUCCUUUCUGUUAUGGGAAGGCCACCGUAAUGUCUGGACAUGCUUGUCUCACCAUUAGAUGUUAUUAAUUCUUACACACUGGACCUUUAUAAUUACAUUUUGGUGUUGUUAGGUGUCUAUUAGUGUCACAUUAAAAUAGAUGCUGCUUAAAAUGUACAGUGUGAUACAUAUUUAUCUUUGAUUAUUACACUGAAAAAAAACUGGUUAUCAAACAAAAAAACAUUUCACUUAACACAAUGAUUUAAGUUAAACUAAACUAUAGAUGGAGAGUGAAAUUGUCUUCAUAUAACUUGUUAACUUGUUAAUUUCUUUUUGUUUGUCAACCUUUUUUUUUUUUACAGUGUAGAGAGCUCUCAUUCGCUUAUUCUUUCUCAGUGAACAAGCACUUGUUGUUGCACAGUGUGCAAUUCUGCAGCACAACGCUGACAACCUCACAGUCAGGCACGGAACGACACGUUUGAAGUGAUGAAAGCUUUUGCAGUGUGUUGCCAUUAAACUCUAAGUUUCAUACGCUGCACCACAA